AUGGCGACCAAGCCUCCCACAUCCUCGAUCAAGAGGCGGCCAGUGCCGGGGUCUUCGACUUCGCAACCACAACAACCUGCCACAGCUCCUGCAGGUCCCUCGAGACAAGACUCCUCGCUCGAAAAGACCGAUUUGCUCUCCGAAGGCCACGAAGACGAUCUCCCGCCGCCUGCUUACGGUGAGAUAUAUGGCGAGAUCCGCAAUGAUGCCGACGGCAUUGGCACCAGCGCCAAUGUCACUGACGAUGGCCGUGUGAACAUCCGCAUCAAUCAGCUCAAUCGAAGUUUAUCCCAGGUCUUCACUCCAGCGCUACGACAGCAGAUCCAGGCCAUCCAAGACAGCGAACCACCACCCCCUGCCUACAUUCCCCCGUUUCUAGGCGGCGACGAGAAGACCCCUCCGCCGCCACCUUUGAAUGUUGUCAUCCAAGUCGUGGGCUCGCACGGCGAUGUGCAGCCUUUCGUCGCAUUUGGCAAGGUCUUGAAGAACACAUACAACCACCGUGUGCGUCUGGCCACCCACCCCAACUUCAAGAAGUUUGUCGAGGACAAUGGCUUGGAGUUCUUCAACAUCGGCGGCGAUCCUUCACGGUUGAUGGCUUUUAUGGUCAAAAAUCCCAGUCUGAUGCCCGGGUUCCGUAGCCUGGUAGAUGGAGAUGUCGGUCAGCGCAGGAAGGAUGUCGCCGAGUAUCUCCAGGGAUGUUGGCGAUCGUGCUACGAAGCCGGCGACGGAAUGUACGAAGACCUGGACGAAGAAGAGGAAGACGAUGGUCCUACGGGAAGACCUUUCGUGGCCGACUGCAUCAUCGCCAAUCCUCCCAGCUUUGCCCAUAUCCACUGCGCCGAGAAGAUGGGAAUCCCACUCCACAUUAUGUUCACAAUGCCGUAUUCUGCGACCCAGGCCUUUCCCCACCCAUUGGCCAACAUUCAGUCUUCGAAUGCCGACGCACAACUAACGAACUUCAUCAGCUAUGCUAUGAUCGAGCUUCUGUCGUGGCAGGGACUAGGCGAUGUUAUCAACCGCUUUCGCAAGAAGUGCCUUGGCCUCAAUCCAGUGAGCAAGAUCUCCGCUCCUGGUAUGCUGCAGCGUCUUAAGAUCCCGCACACAUACUGCUGGUCUCCAGCUUUGAUCCCCAAACCGAAGGAUUGGGGUCCCCAUAUCUCCAUCGCUGGCUUCUACUUUCUCAGCUCGCCUGACUAUACACCUGCUCCAGAACUCAACGCUUUCCUUGAUGCCGGCCCACCACCCGUCUACAUUGGAUUUGGAAGUAUCGUGUUAGACGAUCCGGAUGCGAUGACGAAGAUCAUAUUCGAGGCUGCAAAGACGACUGGUCAGCGCGUCCUCCUGUCGAGAGGCUGGGGAGGUAUCGGAGCAGAGGAUGUCCCCGAGAACGUCUUUCUGCUUGGCAGCGUGCCCCAUGACUGGCUGUUCAAGCACGUUUCUUGCGUGGUCCAUCACGGUGGCGCUGGAACAACAUCCGCUGGCAUUGCUGCUGGCCGGCCUACAGUGGUUGUUCCAUUCUUUGGAGACCAGCCCUUCUGGGGCGCUAUGGUCGCUCGAGCAGGCGCUGGGCCUCCUCCUAUUCCAUCGAAAAAGCUCACCGCGGACAGGCUAGCCGAUGCUAUCAACUUCUGCCUCAAACCAGAGAGCCUGGAGCGUGCCAGCGAGCUUGCGGCCAAGAUCGCAGAAGAACGAGGCUGCGAUGUGGGCGCUCAAUCAUUCCAUCAAUACCUCGAGCCCGACCGACUUCGCUGCACUCUGGCGCCGUCUCGAGCUGCUACAUGGCGCAUCAAGCACACCAAGGUCAAGCUGAGCGCUUUUGCUGCUUCCACCCUGACAAAUGCCAAUCUCGUAGACUUCUCUGACCUAAGACUCUUCAGGCCACAAGAGCAUUACACCGACGAGGGUCCCAUGGACCCCAUCUCUGGGCUUGGCCAGGCAGCCCUGAGAGCCAUUGGUGGUAUGAGUUUGGGUUUGGCUGAAAUACCUACGGAGACGGUGAAAGUCUUCCAGCAGUCUUCUCGUCCUGAUCGAAAGCAGUCACAAGCAUCGGUGCCGACACUGCCAAAGUCGAACGAUGCCUCGUCAAAUGCAGGCGAGGGAUCGACCCGGCCACUCUCGCCGGCACAGAGUCGAUCGAGCUUGAGAUCACGCCCGUCUCUGUCCCAUCUUCGCAAUUCCUCCAAGCUUUCCGUUGCAUCAUCCCUGGAGUCGAGCCCUCACUCCAGUGUACUGCCUCGACAACCGAGCUCCGUCGUUGGAGACAGUACCCUCAGCCAAGUCAGCACCCAGACAAGGUCAACGUCCAACUUUGAUGACACUGGUCGAAGUCUGGCCAGCACUCAGACGAAUUCCAGCACGAAGAGCAAGAACCGUGAUAUGAUGCGCCAUGGGGCACACAAAAGUAAAGGGAUUGGACGUUUCGCCAAGUCCUUCUUCUACUCUCCCAUGGAGAUGUCAGUGGGGAUUACCAAAGGCUUUCACAACGCGCCCAAGAUGUGGGGAGACGAAACUGUCCGUCCGCAAGAGCGAGUCACGGAUAUGAAGUCUGGCAUGAUUGCAGUGGGGAGAGAGUUCGGCCUUGGCUGGUAUGAUGGAGUCACUGGGAUAGUCACUCAGCCUUGGAGAGGCGCACAGAAAGAGGGAACUGCCGGCUUCUUCAAAGGAGUUGGUAAAGGAAUCGGAGGAUUCAUUGUCAAACCAGGCGCUGCUUCCAUGGGUAUGAUGAGCCACACGCUGAAAGGUAUACACAAAGAAGUGCAGAAGCAGACCAACAGCAACAUGCAGAGCUACAUUGUUGCAUCCAGAGCAGCGCAGGGGUACGAAGAGUGGCUGCAGAGCUCCGACGAAGAGAAAGAAGAUGUCAUCGAGCGGUGGAAGUUGAUUCAGAAGUACAUGAAGAAGAACAAGAAACAUGAAGAAAUGAGGAACGAUCUGCUAAAACAGCAGGGUGGUAAGGCGAGGACGAAUGGCGAGGCUCGCCAAAGCUAUCACCGGACUACGAGUUCCGUUCAGUCUUCUCCGACGGCGGAUGCACAUAAUUUGGAUAUGGACAGUGUCAUGCUCGGCAUGGGUGGCACUCAGCCCUCUGUACGACCUCGCGGAAUGUCAGCCUUGGACUCGCGAGAAGGAGCUGCAGUUGACGGCUACUUCCAGCAAUCGAACCAAGAAGCACCACGGCGAGAGCUGGGACAUAAUGCUCGUAGCGAGCAAGAUGCAAACGUGGAAGGGACAGCUCGAGCAACCAUCACUCCAUUCCAAUAUCAGGGACAAGAAGAGGCGAACGGCCAGGUCUGCGAGGAAGACUUGCGGAGACCUACGGCGAAGGAUGGUGCCGCGGCUCAGCAGCCCCUAACUGAAAAGGACAACUAUGAAUCGCAGCUGAAUCGUGCCAUGUCGCAGAGCAUGUGGCGGCAAGGCCAGGAAAGCAGUUCCAGCGAGAUCGGGUCCGUUCUGGGUCUCGAUGACUCUGAAGACGAGGAAUUCGAGCGCUCGGUAGCAGAGACAUCGACGAAUGCGCCGGAGAAGAUUACAGUCGUCGCAAGCGGAUCGUCAACUCCUGGGCAACCUCCGACGUACGAUCCCGGUCAUCUUGCCGGCGUAACGCAGAGUGAGUUUGAGGCCCAGAGGUCGAAGGGCAAAGGCGGCGAGAAGACGGCACAGGAGAAAACGGAAGAAGAGAUUGUCAUGGAAUACAUCAAGAAGCAGAGUCUGUUGGAAGCGGAGCACCAUCAGACCAGGAAGGGCAAGGGGCGAGCCACGGCGGCGGAGGAGGAUGAGGAGGACGAAGAGUUGCAGAUGGUGUUGAAGUUGAGCAUGCAGGAGGCUGGACUGCAGAAUGGAGAUGUUCCAAAGAGCUGA